CGCUGGGGGGGGGAGGGAGGGGAAGGGAAGGAGAAAGGGGAAAACAGGAAAAAAAAAAGAAAAAAAAAAUAGAGGCGAAACGAGGCGGCGGAGGCUCCGCGCGGAGGACUCGACGCGGCCGGGCUUGCCGGCUACCGCAGCUUCUCCCGGUGGCACGCAGCCCUGCCCCCUCUCCCGGCGCUGUCUCCCGCGGAGCCUCCCCCUCCGUCGCCGCCCGGAGGCAGCGUCCCCGACCUCCCGCCCGGCCGCUGUACAUGACGGGGAAGGCAGCCCGCCUGGAGCCGAGAGGACGCGCAGCACGGGAAGGACUGCGCCGAGGAACCGCCGCCGGACCCCGCGCCCCGGUUAGUCUGCCGGGCCUCCGUCCCGUCAUCUCCGGGCGAUUUGGGAGAACCGGUUAAACGCCUUCCAUGGGGGAGAGAGGAGCCCGGCCCCCCGCCGCCUGCACCUUCCCCUCCCUGCCGGAGGCUGCUCCUCUCCUGAGACAGACGGACUCUCGCGGGGUGGGGGGGAUACCGCGGGGCACCGCAGCCGGGCCUGGGAGCGCAGCACCGCCCGCUGCUGCCGGCCGCGAGAAGAGCCGGCCCGGAGGGAGCCCACGGAUCUGGGUGGAAGGAGCGAGCCCGGCACCGCGAUCACCCUCCGGCAGCACAGAGAGCGAGAAAACCUUCUUCCCUUUCCUCCUGCGCAGCUCGCUUGUCCCCUCCCUUCCCUUUUCCCGAACGCUGAAUGCUGAUUUCUGAGAUGAAAAUCCUUUCCGGGCACCCAGGGCUCGUCUGAAGGACACGGAGAUAUCGGAUCGCAAAUAAGAAGUGAGUCUGGCGAUCUCAGAAACCCAACCCAAAAGGAGCAGCAUCGAUAAUCCACCCUUCUGCUCAACUCACUCCCCACCCAGCACACACAGAAUACUAAUUUCCUGAGAUAAGAUCUUACCCCUUUAAACGACACACACGCACACACACAUACGCAGUGUAUAUUAUUUCUACACAGAAUAGGUUAAACCCAGCAGCACAGUAAAAAGCCUCCUCUGCAACUCACCCCUCCUCCUCACCCCUCUGAGUGCUGAAAUCCUGAGGUAAAUUUUUUUCUCUUAUCCACAGCAAAGACUCUUUUUGAGCAGGACACAAAUAUAUAUUAGAUUAUAGAGAUGUAUUAAAUUAUUCCAGAUUUAAAUCUAUUUUUUUGCUGCCAAGGGGUCGGGGGACCAGACGUCAUUGUAUAUUUUUUUUGCUCUUAACUCAUUUAUGGGCAAGUCAAGGCUGCUGAGGAGGAAGAAAACAGGAUAGUUAGAAUCUCUUUAUCCUUAUUCCCCAGAAGCUUUUUCUGUCAUUGCUGUGCAUUUCCUUUAGGAAAGAAAGGAAACCUCUUAUUUUGUGAACCAAAGAUUUAUUUUUCCCUUUCUCCUGGCUGAAGGGAGGAAGCGGACACCAAUUUACGCAUUUAAAUAGUUGAAGAGAUCUAUCUUUUGCAAAAAAAAGAAAAAAAGAAAAAAGAAAUCUAUGAUUCAAAUCUGAGAUAAAUUUGCGUGGAGGGAGAAACUGGAAUAUCUUGCUAAAAACAGGCUACUUGCUAAUCUCUCCUUAGAAGAGGAGGAGGUAAACACUAAACAUCAACUUGUUCUAACAGGGAAGAUUCAAACCCUAAGUAUAAUAAAUGGGGGAUUACGGGUUUGGAGUGUUAGUGCAAAACAACACUGGAAAUAAGUCAGCUUUUCCAGUCAGAUUUCAUCCACAUCUGCAGCCUCCACACCAUCAUCAAAAUGCAACCCCCAGCCCUGCUGCUUUUAUAAAUAAUAACACAGCUGCCAAUGGCAGUAGUGCUGGGUCAGCUUGGCUCUUUCCUGCUCCAGCUGCCCAUAAUAUUCAGGAUGAGAUUCUGGGGUCAGAAAAAUCUAAAGCUCAGCAACAGGAAAAGCAAGAGUCCCUAGAAAAACAGCAACUUUCCCCCAGUCAAAGUCAGGAAGCAGGCAUGCUCUCUGAGCCCGAGAAAGCUAAAACUGAAGAAAAUCAGGGCGAUAAUUCUUCGGAGAACGGCAAUGGAAAGGAGAAAAUAAGAAUAGAAUCGCCGGUGUUAACAGGAUUUGAUUAUCAAGAGGCUUCGGGGCUCGGUUCUUCGACACAGCCCUUGACAUCCACCGCAUCUUCUCUGACUGGUUUUAGUAACUGGUCUGCGGCGAUAGCUCCUUCUUCUUCUACGAUAAUCAAUGAAGAUGCAAGUUUUUUUCACCAGGGAGGGGUCCCUGCUGCCUCAGCUAACAAUGGUGCUCUGCUGUUUCAGAAUUUUCCACAUCACGUCAGCCCUGGCUUUGGUGGUAGCUUUUCCCCUCAAAUUGGACCCCUCUCUCAACACCACCCUCAUCACCCCCAUUUUCAGCAUCAUCACAAUCAGCAUCAACAACAGAGGAGGUCUCCUGCAAGUCCUCACCCACCACCAUUCACGCAUAGAAAUGCUGCUUUUAAUCAGUUGCCUCAUUUGGCUAAUAAUCUAAACAAGCCACCUUCUCCAUGGAGCAGCUACCAAAGUCCAUCGCCUACACCAUCUUCAUGGAGCCCUGGGGGCGGUGGAUAUGGUGGGUGGGGUGGGUCCCAAGGUCGAGACCACCGCCGGGGACUGAACGGAGGGAUAACGCCCCUGAACUCCAUCUCGCCCUUAAAGAAGAAUUUUGCCAGUAAUCAUAUCCAGUUGCAGAAAUAUGCUCGACCCAGCUCAGCCUUUGCUCCAAAAUCGUGGAUGGAAGACAGCUUGAAUAGAGCUGACAAUAUUUUUCCUUUUCAGGAUCGCACAAGGACUUUUGACAUGCAUUCACUGGAGAAUUCGUUGAUUGACAUAAUGAGAGCCGAAAAUGAUUCACUGAAAGCAAGGACAUAUGGGAGAAGGCGAGGUCAGUCUUCGCUGUUUCCAAUGGAAGACGGGUUCUUGGAUGACGGACGUGGCGAUCAGACUCUGCACAGUGGGUUGGGGUCACCUCACUGCUUCUCCCAUCAGAAUGGGGAGCGAGUGGAGCGCUAUUCCCGGAAGGUCUUUGUUGGUGGGCUGCCCCCAGACAUCGAUGAAGAUGAGAUCACUGCUAGCUUUCGUCGCUUUGGACCUUUGAUUGUAGACUGGCCGCACAAGGCAGAAAGCAAAUCUUAUUUUCCUCCUAAGGGAUACGCAUUUUUGCUGUUCCAAGAUGAGAGCUCUGUGCAGGCACUGAUUGAUGCAUGUAUUGAAGAAGACGGAAAGCUCUAUCUUUGUGUUUCCAGCCCCACUAUCAAAGACAAACCGGUUCAGAUCCGGCCUUGGAACCUUAGUGAUAGUGAUUUUGUUAUGGAUGGUUCACAGCCUCUUGACCCACGAAAAACCAUUUUUGUUGGUGGUGUUCCUCGGCCUUUACGAGCAGUGGAACUUGCAAUGAUAAUGGAUCGACUCUAUGGAGGGGUGUGCUAUGCUGGAAUUGACACAGACCCUGAGCUGAAGUACCCAAAAGGAGCUGGGCGGGUUGCAUUUUCUAAUCAACAGAGUUACAUAGCUGCUAUCAGCGCUCGCUUUGUUCAGCUGCAGCAUGGAGAGAUAGAUAAACGGGUGGAAGUUAAGCCAUAUGUCUUGGACGAUCAGCUUUGUGAUGAAUGUCAGGGGGCCCGUUGCGGUGGAAAAUUUGCUCCAUUUUUCUGUGCUAAUGUUACCUGUCUGCAGUAUUACUGUGAAUAUUGCUGGGCUGCUAUCCAUUCACGCGCUGGCAGGGAAUUCCACAAGCCCCUGGUGAAGGAGGGAGGAGAUCGCCCAAGACAUAUUUCAUUCCGCUGGAACUAAAUGAUCGCUGCAGCGCUCAUAUGCAGGCCUCAAAUUAAGUGCACUCUUCUGUUAUCCUGAUUGUCCCUACCCACCCUGCCCUUUCUCUUAUUCAAGAUAGCAUGUCCUUUUUGUAGUAGUCUGUAAUUUAACAAUAGUAUAAUGAAAGAAUGACCUAUAAUAUGGGUAUUUUGUAGAACCUUGUCAUUGAAAACUGUAUUGGGAACUCCUUUUCGUAUUGAUAACAUGUUGCAAGUGAGUUGCAUUCUCUUGUCUUUACUAGGGAGAGAACACUUAAUUUCAUGCAACAUUUUCUUAGAGGAGAGAAAAAUAUUAAGAAAAGAGAAUUGAAACAAUAGAGUAUUUUGGUUUUUUAAUUAAAUUAUUGUUAAUAAAGAACAUAAGAAUACUUUUAUUAAAAUAACCGUGUAACAAUAACACUAUAAGUCUGUUCUGACACUUUUCCCCAGGGAAGCCUGUUUUUGCCUCUCGUUUUGUUUUGACUUUGGAUUUUUCCAGCAACAGCUGAAGUUAGCGUUUACCUAUCAACAGGAAAGAGCAUGUUUAAAGCAACAAAAAUGCAUGAGUAAAGUUGAAGCAGCGUUUCAAUAAUGAUAGUUCUUUCUUCCUUUCCUUCUUUCUUUCUUUAAUCUUUUCAGGGUUUUGAGGCUGAAAUUUUUGCUCGGUGUAUAUCUGACCUUGCUUCUGACUACCACCCACAUCCAAAUUAGUAAUGAGAUAGGCAGAGCUUACUAUAUUUUCAUCAAAAUUAUUACAUUUUAAGAAUUCCUGAAUGUAAAAGUUGAGUAAAGUUACUACUGAGGGGGGAGUGCACUUUUUUUUCCUUUAUGUUUAAGAGAAUUCAAUUGUCUGGUUACAGCCCUAGAAGUCCAACCAAAGCUAGAGUAAUGACAACUAGUUAACUGGCGUUUCCUCUCCUGAAGGAUAAAUAUAUAGAUUUUAUUUUUGAUGGCUAUAUAUAACUCUAUAUCCUAAUGUACUAACAUUCAUCAGGGGCCAGCCUUUGCUCUCCAUUUUGACAUGAAAAACUAGAAAACCUUAAGAUACCUCAAGGAUAUCACUAAUUUUUACUGAAGUUUUGAUAUUCCAGUGUGUCACACAAAGUAAAAUCGGCUGCUUACUGGUUUCCCAUCAUGGAUGUAAAGUUAGUUUUGAAUACUCUCUAACUUAGUUGUAACAGAAGGCAUGAACCUCCAUAGUUUCCAGGUCUCGUUUUGCGCUGUUUUGUGCAUGAAACAGUGCAAGCAUGCAUAUGCCUUUCUUACUCUUCUUGUAGAAAGAAUCCCAGCUAAAAUUCCUCUUCUUCAGAACUUAAUAUGGAAAAAUAGAGAAACACAGGUAUUUGAAGUGCCAACAUUGCUAAGUUAAUGCCUGCUUUAUUAUAAACAAAUUCUACCUUGAGAAGCAUUAACACAGUACAUGUUAAUGAAUGAUAAAGAGUGGGUGCAGGGGUUUAGUUUGAAAUGGCUGAAUGAAGGAGUAGUUCUGAACAUAAUUUUUUCUUACUUUUGAACUAAAGCCCCGGCCAACUUCUGAAACUACUCUUUAGCAGUGUGCAACCAAACAGGUUCAGUGGCAAUCUUCUAAACCGCCUGUCUGGCGUGGUACCAUCCUAGAUUCUCUCAGACCAAAGACUUGCCUCAGCACUGCUUGGGAAACAUCUGCUGCGCCGAAAGCGUUUGCCGGCCCCCUUGUCCCGUCCCCCAGCCCAGAUUAUCUUUAUGAGAAGCAGUUUUUAUUUUCAAUACAGGCUUUAAUGAACCUUCUCGAGUUCCAAAGGUCAAAAUGGAGACAUUUGCUGUCUAUUAGUCAAGUAUAGAAAGGGAGCUGCUUUUAAUGAAAUCCCUGAAAAUAUUGACAACAGUAAUGCAAAUGCAGAGUGCUCUUGUGUAGAUUGUCAGGGACUUUUUUUUCUCUGAAGUACAUAAUUAGAGUUGGAAUGUUCCUUUAAUUUUUUUAAUGCUUGUAGGUGGCUUGGGGUGUGCUAUUGUGCCGAUCCUACCCAGUAAACAGGUGAGAUGGGUUACCAUUACGAGAAAUAACACUGUUUGAGAACUAGCUUUGAAUAAUAAUUUUCCCUUUGUACAUGACCUGCUGAAUUUCGGUACAGUGUUUUUGUAGCUAACUUAUUUUGUCAUGCACAUAAUGUAUAUUUGUUAUGCACUACUUUUGUAUAUCUUGUUUUUCCAACAGUGAGCAUUUUUAGGCACACUUUUCACUGACGGGAUAUCUCUUUAUGCAAUACCUCAAUUUUUCAUAUUGCAAAGAGUAGCUUUUUGUACUUUUAUUACUGAGAGAUCUUCAUAUACUUCAUUUUUUAAUAUAAAUAAUUUUAAUAAAUUUUAUUUUCUUAUAUUCUGCUUUUUAUACAUUUCAGUGCUCUGCAUACAUUUUGAAUUAUGGAUGUUGUGCACUGGCAAUGCUAUUUUAGAAUCUGCAGAGAAAAGAAAGCAUGUUGCUUAAACAUCUUAGCCCAGCACCAGGUAUUUGGUGUACAUAUAAUUUAAGAAAUAGUAUAUGUAAAGUUGAGAAUUAAAGAAGAAAAGCAUGAAAGUGACAAAUGACACUGUCUUUAGACCCUGAAAUUUAAAUGCAUAAGUAUAGCGUAGGAUUUAAAAGCAAAGAAACAUCGAAAUUGUCUACCGCUUCUUACUGAGUUUUUAAAGAUGAUACACAAAUGCAGACGUUUUUGGUGAAUGUUUAGCCAUUUUUAAUAUUAAUACAGAAUCGGUGUUAGGUGUUUGAUGCAGAAAUGUGUCUACUCUUUUAAAUUAUAUUUAAAGAAUAAAAGAGAGCCUGCUAGGUGGCAGGCGCGUAAUGUUAGUAUGCAUGACUAAUGUAAGAAGUUGUUAUUCUACUAAUAUUCACUUGUGAUUGUGUGACAAGCGUGUUUACAGAUUAUUUGGUUACACUUCGAUUUACAGGGCAUAAACAAUUAUAGGCAUUACUCUGUACUUAAGUAGUGACGGCACGUCCUUCUGAUUACAUGGGAUUUGUAGUUGGGGUUACCGUGUAGCUCCAAACAUAAUGAACAUGUAAUUAGUUUACCGGUCUUAGGGUAUCACUUCGAUUUGCAAGGGGUUGAUGAGCAUGUAGUUUUAUCACACUAGCAUGGCACCAGCCAUGUAUUUACAGUGUAGUUACAGAGUAAUUACAUGGUUAUUUUUGCAAUGUAAAAUAAAGUGUUUCUGAUUAUUUUGUAUGUAAAGGAACCCCACUGCCCCGUGCUUUUUGGUAUAGUAUCUACUUCUCCAUACACAGACCUCUGCAGAAUGCAAAUUUAAAACUUGCAGUGAAUGAAUUUAGCGUUUUCUAAGGAUGCUGUUGGAAAGACUUGAUAAUUCACCCCUUUUGUUUUUAGAGGAGUUGAAACCUUCUGUUAAAAGGUGAUUUAAAACUUGAAUGUGAUGAAUUGUGGCAAGUUAACUUCAAGUUAUGUGCAAUACCUAUUUCAGACUUCUGGAAGAUCUUUGCAGUGUAAUUCUUUGUUUUUAAUUGCAGACAUUUAAAAAUGUCAUUUUCUACUGUUCUAGUAAAUCCUCUUUCUUGCUGGCGUUUCUAAAGAAAAGAAUCAGAAAUCGAUCUUUCUACUAAUGUAAAUUUGAGAUUAUUUUUAAAAAAAAAUGGAAUAAAAGGUUUUGGUCAUUUGCUUUAUUUUAUUAUUUUAAAGCUACUGUGAUAGCAUUGUAAGAAUUGGGACAAUAUUGUAUUCAACUGUUUUAUUUUUUAUAUUUUUAAAUCUUAAAGUAUAAUUAGUUUUUAUAAUUUUCAUCAGAUUUUUUUGUUAUAUUUUUUGGAAGUGAAACUUUUAGCAAGUGGGUGUCUAGUUUUUACUAAUCCCUAAUAUGUUUUUCCCCCCAAUGUAUUGCUCAUAUUAUCAGAAGGAAAAGUUAUUUAAGUAUGUCAGUUAAUUGUACUACUUGGCUGAAUUUCCAUAUAGUUUUUACUGUGUAUGGGGAGGUUGUAGUAUUUAUUAUAGCAUUUUAAAUAAGGGUAAUUCAUUUUUUAUUAAAGUCAUUUUCACGUUUAAGUUCAUAUUUUUGUAUGUUCUACUCUAAGUUAUAUAACACAAGUUACUUUUUUUAAAGAGUUCAUUUGUUGAAGUGCUAGUGAAAAUUAAUGUUAUUAAAUAGUUUGCAAAUGACUAUUUAUACCAGUAUGCAUAUAAUUUUUAAAUAUUUGUAAUGUGAGAUGUUGAAUGAAUAAAACUUUUAACUCAGUGCUUCUCCUUAACCUCUUUUUUUUGAGCUUUCAGUGGAUAAAUGUUCCUUUGUGACUGCAGCUCCUGGGGCUCGGGAGGUGAUGCUGAUGAAGUGGGCACAUGUCUGACUGUAUAUGUGUGAAGUUCUGCGGUCCUGUUCUGGUCAGAACACUGAGCAUGGUUUUGUGGAGGUGUGUGAGAGGCUGUAACCACUGGAGAGAUGCUGAGUGCCCUGAACAGUGCAUUAAAGCACCGCAAGAUAAAUGUGCAGUGCAGCAGAAAUGGGAAUGGCGAUGUCUGGAGGGCUGUAGAACUGCUGUUGGUUGAAUCAGACUGCAAGAAGAUCCAUUCUUUCUGCUUACAUGCAGAUGUUGUCUUUAGGGAAUGUUGAAUGCUAGCUACUUAAUUUUGUGGAUUUGUUGCUUGCUGAGGAUUUGGUGCUUGUUGAGUAAUCUUAUGUAUCUCUGGAAAAACCUUUCAGCAGCUUCAGCACUGCUGUUUCUAUUUUUUUUUCACAGCCAUAAGAGUAUCAACCUAGCCAGGAAUUGCAUCAUUUCUUUCUGCUCUCUGCUUCCAAUUCAUAGGGUCAAAAGACAACCACCAUGCAGCUGAGAAAUCAAGCUAACUGAGCGGGUGACGUGUUUAAUGAGAAGGAUACCGCCGAGGCGCAUGCAAUGCAUAACAUAAGUCAGAAACCACCUUGCAGCUGGGACAAAAAGAUAACCAGGCGAGGACCUGUCCAAGCGUGGCACAGACAGACAAGGAUCGCUUUUCACUUGUCUCGCAGUUGUGAUCUGAUAUUCCCUGAAGGAAUAAGUCUGGAAUUUUAAAGAACGUUCUUAGAUGAGGUUGCUAGAGUCGGCAUUAAUUUAAAAUACCUGAUCUUGAGAUGUCUAAGGAGUCUUGUGAAGGGUUGCCACCUGCUAUAUCUGCUCUUCAGAAGCUAUCCUUAGCGGCUAGGAGAUCCAGAUUUAUUUCUGUUUGUUUUCUAGAUUUUGAUACGAGUAGCAUUGCACUGAUGACCAGUGCUUUGUCAUUGGCAUCUGAGCUACUAAUCUCUUGUGCCCGAGUUUGAGGAAUGGUGUUGUAAAUGUUUUAUAGAUGUUGAGUGUAAUUAUUUCCAUGGGCACUUCAGAAAAUGCAGAAUUGAGCUGUAAUGGGAUUAGUUCUGCAAGGUGCUAAUCACUUGAAUUCCCAUUGGCUUCGGAUGAUGCAAACUUAGAAGCUAAUGCCUUUUUAACAAGAAAAGAAUUGCUGGUGACUCCAUGCGUAUAUUUUCAAUCCUUUGAAACAGCUAUUUUAAAAUAAUCAUAAAAUUGCUGGUAAACUUUGGAAAAAUAAAGAGGCUGGAGAUGGGAAGUCUGCCUGGCAAAUGAUGAAUUCCACGUUGUUGCAUUUUGCACCAGACAGAGUAUUGUCUGGUAAGGGAAGUAUCUCUCCAUUCUCUGUGUUCCUAUUGCUAGGAAAUAGUUACAGGUUGGCCUCUCCCAGUGUGAUAACGACUUCUUGACAUUGCUUUCAAGUGCAGAGUGGUCUUCUAGAAAGCAUGUGCUUAUCAGUGCUUUGUCUGAUAAUGGUUUCUAACAAGUAGGAUGGAGUUGAAAUUUGGUCCUGCAGUGUGGGCUUUCUAAUGGUAGUAGAACGACUGGUGUCUUCCACAGACAAGGCACUCCCACGCUCGUUUGAGUUCACAAGUGCUUAUCAAGAUGAAGCCUGAUUGGUGUGUAAAUUAAUUAAGAGCUUUUCCCCUCUGGAGACUGCAGAAUACUUUGUGAACAUUUGCCUAUGUAAUGAGAUUUAAUUUAUUAGAGUCUGAAAAAAAAAAAAAUCACCUCAAUAAGGUGAAAUACCAGAAGACUGGGGUGUUCCAAACUGAAAAUAAUCACCUUUUUAGCAACGGCCUUGGCUGGUUCUAAAUUGCUGAGAAGAACAUUCUAGGAAAGAUAAUAUAUCAAAUCUCUUUUGGGUUUCAGUUUGUCCUGAAACUAUAAAUAAAUGCUCCAAGCUGACUCCAGAAGGUGGAGGUUUGCCUGCGGGGUAGAAUUUCAGAAUUUCCACAGUACAUGAAUCUCAAAUAUUUUCUUUCAGCACAAACUGUUCGUUGAGCACAGUCAGCCACCAGCUUUCUCUAGGGUGCUGCUUUCACUAAAUGAACUGCUACAUUCCGCAUCAGUGAAGGAACUCAGUUUGGGUGGAGAUGGAUAAAACCCAUCUAGGACAGAGUUAAAGGCUAAGGUACGUUUUAAAGAGAGUCUCCUGGCUGUCAAGUUCGUGUCGGACAGUUUCUACUGUCUGUCCUGGUUCUCCAGCUGCUGUUUAUUCAGCGCAAUGAAAGCCUGCUCAGCCGCAGUCCAAAAUGCACAUUGCUAGCCUACAGGAAAUCUAAGACAAAUAAUAGCCUUAGAAAGGGUAGAUGAGGAAAAAAACACUGACAUCUCUUCCUCUGCGUAAAAUAAGCUGAUUCAGUCUGCCAGUAUGAAAAACAGCCUCUGGGAUAAGAAUAUACUUGCAGCUGUCUUCCCAGUCAUAGAAAUUGAAGGGGUGUAGAGAGGCUGAAUCAGUGCUCCCAAGGUGUUAUUGUUAUUAUCUCCCUAAGAUGGAGAGAAGGUCAUUCUGAAACUUGGUGAUUUCAUUAGUGCUGUCAGGUAUUGCCUGCUUUCACGACACCCAAGCUCUAAUUUGCUGACUUUUUGUAUGGCUUGUCAGAAGUUUUUUCAUUGUGAGUGCUUAUUAAUUUGGAUGUGAUUAUUCCUAAAGGAAGCUCUCUCAGUUGUCUUGUUUAGGGCACUUGGGAAACCACAGUGUGGUACUAUUCUGUUUGGGGUCCCUCGCAGAAUUUGAGAACUUUGAAAAGUUCUCAGUUCUCUUUGUAUCUAUAUGUAGUGGAAAUGCAAAGCCUGAAGCAGUGAUUGAGCACCUGGUGGGAAGGCAGGGCCAACCCAGGGGAGCUCAGGUGCAUGCAAUGUAGCUGAAUGACCGGAAGAGAUGGAGCCAGGGUCAAUCCCCUUCCCAGACCUCAGUUAAGUGUUGGCAGUGGAGGUGAGGAAAUCUCUUGUUGGAGAUCCCUGCCUACCUGAGGCGUUACAAAGGUGACCCUCGAGAGGAAAAGGCUGAUGCCUUUGACUUCCCCUUCCCUUCAAGAAAUGUUGAAAAAGUAAUCAAACGAAAGAAAAAGAAGUCCAAAGUCUGGCUUAAAGUCUGGAAAGUAAUUUCAAAAAUGCUUGAAGAAAAUGAAACGUUCAGACAUCGACUGUUGACUAGCAGUCAGUUCAGUGAAGAAGGCAAUGAUGCGAACCAAAGUUCACAGAAGGGCUCCCCCUGGGCAGGGAGGAGUCCGUCUUUGGUUGGGUGUAGCAAGAAAACAAAGGACGAUUCAGGCCGAAAGGAAACAUAAAACUACUGAAAUUGUUUUCAUUUAGAUCCUACUAAAAUUAGUGAGAAGACUACAAAUGAUUUAGAUGAAUGCUGUUUCUCUGUUGUUUGUUUGGCAUGUAUGUUUCUGCUGUUCAAUAGGUUUGUUUUUAGAGUGGCUUAAGUAGCUUGUUGCAAGAUAUUUGAAGUCAUUAAGUCUGAUAUUUCACUUAGUUAUUAGUUUUUGGAAGCUUUUUAGUGAGCAUAGCAUUGUGACAGUUUGCUUGUAAAAGAAUAAAGACCCACAUUUAGUGUUGA